GGUGGGGAAGGGGUGGCAGCAAGGCGAAUGGAGUAUAAAUAUACGCAUGGAGAACUGCUCAUACAACCCUAAAAUGCGAGGCUACAUGUUCUUUGGACUGCUUCCUUACGUCGUGCUGUCGCUAAUAUUCAUAUGUCCAUCUUAUGCAGCGAACCCUUUGGCCACCUGUUACGACAAUUGGAGUCGCUGUACCCCACAAACAAGCUUUUUCACUGGUAAACUUUGGAAAUCCUGUCACGACUACUGCCGAAAAUGUAAGGGGCAGGAAAGGGGAGAAUGUGUCCAGGUGUACAAUAAAGUUUGCAGUGGAGGAUACCAGUGCCACUGCAAGGGUGAAGAUAUUGAGAAAUCAAAGCAUAUUCUUGACGUGAUUUCCUGCGCACUUGGACUAUGAAGGAUGGCAAAUCGAAUACGCUACCAUAAUCAUAGCAUUUUCU